AUGGCGAGCGUUGUCAGGCGACUGACCUACGCAGAUGAAGACGCCUUCAAGGUUUAUGAGAGUUCCAGCACUGUGCGCUUCUAUCCUCGGCAGCCGGCAGAGUGCUCAGGUGUGAGGUUGGCCGACGCUCGUUUGACAACAGCGGAGAAAUACCUUCACAAGGGCCUGGUGGCGGUCGAUAUCGGCUGGCCCGGGAGUGCGAUCGUAUCAGACGUACAUUCUAAUUCCGUGAGUGUCUCAAAGGCACGCAGGCGAGGAAGACAAUUCAGUCCGAGAUCGCGACGGUUGUAA